AAUCGUAACCUAUGAACAAGCAGACAUUUCGGAAAAUAAAAUGGAAACCGCUCGAUCAAUUAUUAUGUUUAUAGUUAUUUUGCAAAAUCUGUCAAAAGAAGAGUAAUUAACUCGUGAUUGUCAAACAUCAUUUGAUAUCCUUCUCGAUAUUCUGUUUGAAGAUUUAUACGUCAACGAAACAUCUGAAUCAUGGAGUGGCUAUUUGGCAAGCGUAUUACUCCUGAGGAAAUGCUCAGAAAAAAUCAAAGAGCAUUGAACAAGGCAAUGCGAGAUUUAGAUAGAGAAAAAGUAAGAAUGGAACAACAAGAAAAGAAAAUUAUAGCUGACAUUAAGAAACUUGCAAAGGAUGGACAAAUGGAUGCUGUGAAAAUUAUGGCCAAAGAUUUAGUUAGGACAAGACGUUACGUAAAAAAGUUCAUGCUGAUGAAGGCAAAUAUUCAAGCAGUGUCUCUAAAAAUACAAACUUUACGUUCCCAGAACACAAUGGCACAAGCUAUGAAAGGAGUGACUAAAGCAAUGCAGAACAUGAAUAAACAAUUAAAUUUACCACAAAUACAGAAAAUAUUGCAAGAAUUUGAAAAGCAGUCAGAGAUAAUGGAUAUGAAGGAAGAAAUUAUGAACGAUGCAAUAGAUGAUGCAAUGGAAGAUGAAGGAGAUGAAGAAGAAAGUGAUGCUGUAGUCGCUCAAGUAUUGGAUGAAUUAGGUCUACAAUUGACAGAUCAACUCUCUGGAUUACCACAAGCCUCUGGAUCGCUAAGUGUAGCUGGUUCUAAACAGCCAGUUGCUGCUGCUGCAGGCAAUGAGGAAGGAGGUAAUCUCGGGGAUGCUGACGCGGAUUUACAAGCACGACUUGAGAAUUUGCGACGUGAAUAAAUCUAAUGUUUAAAAUAUUAGAAUUAAAUAAUGUACAAAAAAUGUAUAAAAAGAAUUGGCUUUCUACUGGACAUUAGCUUUAAAGAAACAGCACUAAUUGAGUGCUAAACUGCUUGUGCAUACUUAAUAUAAGUAUAAACUUAAAA